AUGAUCAGAGGCCUUGCGGGCGACCUGCGUGGGAUUCACUUCAACACAGAGCCAUCACCUCACGUCACAGAGCAAUUGGGCGCCGACGACACUGUCCCCUCGCCCGAGAUGCUCCCUCAACGAAUUGUGCGGGCCUCGGCCCUGCGCAGCGGCAUGGCGGCUGCUCGACGACUACCCACCAUCCAGCGACGAACCUUCCUCCCCCAUUCGUACACCGACAAGAAGGUCAUCGACGCCAAGUACCCCGAUGGCCCCAGCCUUACUGAGGCCGAGGAUCCCGGAAUGAACGGAGGCUACAUCAACCCACCCCGAAUCAAGCGUCAGUUCCGUGACCCCUACGGUAGCUGGUGGGAUCCCCAGGAGCGACGAAACUUUGGCGAGCCCAUCCACGAGGAUAACGAUGUGCUGGGUAUCUUUUCUCCCUGGGAGUACACCUGGACCACGACCGGCCCCGGUCUGAUCAUGGUCGGCACCUUUCUCGCCGUCUUCUUCAGCGUCACCGGACUGGUCUACCUGAACUACCCCGAUUCGCCCGCCUACCCCCGAGAGUUUGAGGGUGGCCUUGAGCGAGAGCUGGGUGGCCCCGGAGCCACGAGGGCCCGGAUGGAGGGUGAUGCUGACCCUUGA